AUGGCCGCCGCCAACCACAGCUCCGUGACCCAGUUCGUCCUCAUCGGGCUCUCCGACCUCCCCGAGGUGCGCUACUCCCUCUUCGUGGUCUUUGCCGUCAUCUACCAGGUCACCCUGCUGGGCAACGGGGCCAUCCUCCUGGCCAUCGGGGCCGAGAAGAGGCUGCACACGCCCAUGUACUACUUCCUGGCCAACCUGUCCCUCUUGGACAUAUUCUGCCCGUCGGCCACGGUGCCCAAGAUGCUGGACAACCUGCUGACGGAGCAGGACACCAUUUCCUUCGUUGGCUGCGCUCUGCAGCUGUACUUCCUGGUGGCCCUGGCGGGCACCGAGGUCUUCCUGCUGGCCGUCAUGGCUUACGACCGGUACGUGGCCAUCUGCCUCCCCCUGCGUUACCCGCUCAUCGUGACGCGCGCCCGCUGCGCCCUGCUGACGGCCGGGACCUGGGUGGCCGGCUUCCUCAACUCCUCGCUGCACACGGCGUCCACCUUCCGCCUGUCUUUCUGCGGCCCCAACCGGGUCAACCAGUACUACUGCGACAUCCCCCCGGUGGUGGCCCUGGCGUGCUCGUCCACCUACGUGGCGGAAAUGCAGGUUGUGGUGGUGGGGGGCAUCUUGGGGGUCGGCGCCUACCUGGUCACCUUCGUCUCCUACAUCUACAUCAUCUCCACCAUCCUGAGGAUCCGGUCAGCGGAAGGGAAGCGCAAGGCCUUCUCCACCUGUGCGUCCCACCUGCUGGUGGUCUGCCUGUUCUACGGCACAGCCAUAUUCACCUACGUCCGCCCCUCCUCUAGCCAUCACUCCCCAGCCCGGGACCGGCUGAUCUCCAUGCUGUACGGCGUGAUCACCCCGAUGCUGAACCCCGUGAUCUACAGCCUGAGGAACGCGGAGGUGAAGGGCGCGCUCAGGAGGGUGUGCUGUGGCCGGGCGUCCUCGCAGGCAGCCUGA